GGAUUUCCAAUUUGAGCCUAUCCAAUUUGAGCCUAUCUGAAGCAGCCGUACAUUGCAGCAGCAGCUACAAAAUUUUUGCACAAAGCAACCACAGGAGCUACCAGCAUCAACAGCAAAAACACACACACGAACACCGACACCUGUUAAAUAAAUAAAGUCAUCAAUUUUUUAAAUUAAAGAAGAUGACUCGCUUCACUAAUGUACGCAAACAAGCUGAGGCAAAUAAUUACCCGCUGACGUGCAGAUUAUGCAGCAACAAGCAUCCCUUAAGAGUAUGCCCAAUAUUUCGUGCCAAAAGACCAGAAGAACGCCUGCGUGACGUUCUGAUCCAUCCCUAUUGCACGAAUUGUUUAUCGGGGAUACAUCGUGCAGCACACUGCACUAACCCAGGGAGAUGUCGACGCUGUAACGAAGAACACCACACCAUGCUCCAUAUUGAGAACGUGAGCGAUGGAUCAAGACGUCAGCGACGAUCAAGGAGGCCAAUAAUCAACAAUGACAGUGAUGAUGCGCUUUCACUAGAUGCGUCUGAGGUCGGAGCGGAAUCGAAUGCUUUCCGCCCAGACCUGGAGGAGGAAGAAAUGCCAGUCGCUGGAGCGGAAACUAAUGCUUUCCGCCCAGAUCUAGAGGAGGGGUAUAUGCCAGAAACUGGAGCGGAAACUAGCGCUUUCCGCCCAAAAGAAUCAACCGGAAUGGAGUCAAACGCACUCCAUCUGGACUCGGCUAGUGAAGUGGAGCUGGAACCCCAGCGCUACCGGCAGCUCUUGAGAUAUGAGCAAAGAGAGCUAAGCGGAAUGGAAAUGAAAACUUUCCAACCGCGAAACGAAUGGCAUCGUCUUCAAACUCGACGACUGAACAAACGACCGCGUCAUCGGCGACAGCAUGGAAGAGUGGAAUCACAAGCGUUCCACCUUCCGCGUAGAACCGGUUUCCGGUCAGGUAUGGUCCAGGACCUCCGAGCCUCGGUACAUCCGAUUCAAGCCCUCACAUCGAUCGCGCCGACAGCUGUGAUCAAGAUAGAAGCAGCGGGCCUCCUACAUUUGGUUCUAGCCGUAAUUGAUGCGUGCGCUUCAAGGUCCAUAAUCGCCGAAGAUUUGGCGAGGGAACUAAAUCUUGGGAUAACUGCAAUAAAUUCCCAAAGGGGCUACUUCAUUAAGUUGAGAGGAAAGCAUGGACAGUCAGCCACCGUUAUGACGCACGCAAUUUCCAUCAAAAAUUAUCGGAAGCGGACACCAAAUACUAGUUUGGACGCUACCGUAGCCGCCGCUUAUUCGAACCUGAAGCUCGCGGACCCGCGCUUCCACAUCACAGCUCCAGUCCGCUUAGUAUUAGGCGCCGAAGUCUUCCCCAAAAUCCUACUCGGCGCAAUUCCUGCGGGUACUCUCGGCCCGCUAUUAGCACAGAACACCAUCUUUGGAUGGGUCCUGUCCGGCGCUUGUUGAACUUUUUUUUUUCUUCGCAUACUUUUACCAAAAAUGAAUUAAAUACACACUGAAUUGUUUUACUUAUUUUAUUGAAUAAAUGUGCAGUUGAAUUUUUGAAACCCACGUCUUUAAAUAAUACUUUCUUCUACCUUACAGAGUUUAGGUACAUGCACAACGGCAACGAAGAACAUUUACAUUAUUAGAUAAUUUUUUAAAAUUAAGGAGUUAAUUGGAACAUAGUGGCCGGAACACGUGGAAUUCAGAUUUUUCGCUUCGCAAAGGGGGCCGGCAUGUUUAGGCCAACGGCCUAAAUUUGUCGCAGCAUUUUCGACCCACCCUAAUGCUUAACAUAGCUUCAUUAUUAUGUCAACUGUCGAACUGUUUACCACUAUGUUACUUAUGCUAAAAUGUCCCUUCGGUAAAUAUACAGUUCGACAGGCAACAGUAAGAAGAAAUUUAAACCGGUCACUUACUUGUUUUCCGAGAGUGAAGUCAAGAGGACGUAUUCCAGCCACCGUGUUCCCGUAUCAAUAAAAGGUAACCUGUACAACCAACAUAUAUGCAUAUAUAUUAAUACCAAUUUAUCUAUUUUUGAAUAAACACCAAUUUAUAUUAAAUAUUAAUACAAACGUUUUGCUUUGUUUUUCAUUCCAAUAAGUUAAAUCGGCCACAACUUUGUCCAAGCGUUGUGCCGGUUUAACAAUAUUCAUAAAGAUUUUUAUUUUAAAUCUUUUGUGUUAAUUUUUUAUAGAAAAUGUCGUUCGUUCUGUAAGAAAAACGUAAUGAAUUCUAAGUAUAAGUCUAGUCGAAAAUUCUCUGUGCCAAUUUUUUCCACGUCAGAAAAGUGACUCAGUAAUAAUAAACUAGUUUUUUACAAUUUUCAUAAAGAUGUUUGUAUUAAAUCUUUUGUAUUAAUUUUUUAUAAAAAAUAUCGUUCGUUCUGUAAGAAAAACGUAAUGAAUUCUAGGUAUAAGUCUAGAAUACCAACCGUUUAGCUGUGUAAAAACUAAAAUCUAUGUACAUAUAUUUCAUUCGUUUGUGUUGCGGCGGAUAUAUAAUAUUUGUUUGUUUUUACUUGCGCCAAAUAAUUUUCGCAUGAUUGAAAUCAGCCUAAAAAGUUCUAUCGCCCUGCAUUUUUAUUUUUUCCAUAGCUAAACGGUUGGUAUUCUAGAAAUGUUUAUGACCAUUUCUGAGAUUUGUUUACACAAAAAAUGUAAAAAUUCAAAAUAUA